ACAGCACCUCCAACCAUGUCCAAGAAAACAGGCAAACCACUCCAGAACGCCUCCAGCACCCAGCGAUGUCCGCUGGCCAAAGGCCUGGUGAGCAUCGCUGCCCUGGUGAACUCAGCCGAGGAGACCCCUCAGCCAGUCUCCACCCACAUCAAGGGGACCAUCCCCUCCUGGAUCAACGGCAGCUUCCUGAGGAACGGGCCCGGGAAGUUUGAGUUUGGGAAAGACAAGUACAGCCACUGGUUCGACGGCAUGGCCAUGAUGCACCGCUUCUACGUGAAGGACGGAGACGUGACCUACAACAGCAGCUUCCUGCGGAGCGACUCCUACACCAAGAACUCGGAGAAGGACCGCAUCGUGGUGUCAGAGUUCGGCACCAUCGCCAUGCCCGACCCCUGCAAGAACAUCUUCGCCCGCUUCUUUUCCCGCUUCAAACUUCCCCAGGCCACGGACAACGCCAGCGUGAACUUCGUCAAGUACAAGGGGGACUACUUCGUCAGCACGGAGACCAACUACAUGAGGAGGGUGGACCCCGAUAGUCUGGAGACCAAGGAGAAGGUGGACUGGACGCAGUACGUGGCUGUCAACUCGGCCACGGCCCACCCACACUAUGGCCGAGACGGGGCAACCUACAACAUGGGCAACUCCUAUGGAAAGAGUGGCUUCUUCUACAACAUUGUGCGCGUCCCGCCCCAGGAGACGGAGGGGGACGGGGCCAAGGAGGACGUGGCCGACCUGUACGGGGCAAAGGUCAUCUGCUCCAUCCCUGCCUCCGAGCCCCGGAGGCCGUCUUAUUUCCACAGCUUUGUCAUGUCUGAGAACUACAUCGUGUUCAUCGAGCAGCCAAUCAAGCUGGACAUGCUGAAGGCCAUGCUCUACCAGGUUCAGGGCAAGAGCUUCAACAAGAUCAUGACCUGGGAUCCCAAGUGCGACACCAUCUUCCACCUGGUCAACCGGCACACUGGCGAGCGUAGCGCGGUCAGGUACCGCGGGGAGCCCAUGUUCACGCUGCACCAGAUCAACGCCUACGAGGAAGGCGGCUGCCUGGUGAUGGACAUGUGCUGCGGGGACGACGGCGCCGUCAUCGGGGACUUCACCCUGGAGAACCUGCGCCGUGGCGGGGAGGAGCUGGACAAGUUCUACAACUCCAUGUGCAGAAACCUCCCGAGGCGCUAUGUCAUUCCCCUCACUGUGGACGAAGACACCCCCAUGGACCAGAACCUCGUCCACCUGUCCUUGUGCACGGCCACAGCCAAGAAGACGGGACCCGGAGAGGUUUACCUAACCUACGAGGAGCUCUUUAACGAUGAGCUCCUGCAGUACGGGGGGCUGGAGUUCCCGCAGAUAAAUUACGCAGAGAACAACGGGCGGCCGUACCGCUACGUCUACGCCUGCGGCUUCGGCCACGUCUUCAGCGACUCACUGCUCAAGAUGGACGUCCGCACCAAGGAGCUGAAGGCGUGGCGUCACCACGGCUUGUUCCCCUCCGAGCCCGUGUUCGUCCCCGCACCCAACGCCACCGAGGAGGAUGAUGGCGUGGUCAUGUCUGUCAUCAUCAACCCCAAAGAGGACAAGAGCACGUUCCUGCUUGUCCUGGACGCCAAGACCUUCACGGAGCUAGGACGCGCCGAGGUGCCCGUCAACAUUCCGUACGGGACGCACGGCGUGUUUAACGACAUGAACCAGACGGCUGUUACCGUGACGACGACACACCGCAACUGAAGAGGUGUGAACGGGUGUCUUCAAUGAAAGAAAAAAAAAAAAGGGAAAGAAAGGGAAAAAAAGACUUCAGCGAGAUCAUGGCGGCUGCCGCCAUCAGGCCGGAGACCUGGUGAUCUAUUUUAGUAAAGCUCUUUAGCAGAGCUGACCCCGUUAAACUCGGUGGGACUACACAGCGGUUUUGUUUGUGGCAGACAGUGGUUAUGUUUCUUCUGGGCUGGGAGUGAAUUGUGUUUGUGUGCUGAGCGGAGCGUGUUUGUGUGCUGAGAGUCCCUGCGUGGAGCCACAGCCUCCUCAUGCAGACACUCUUCUUCCGUUCAAAAAGAUAAAGCGAGAAAUCCUGUUGCGACCUUCAAUAUUUCAACGGAUUUGACUCCAUAGACAACAUGACUUUGGUUGACGUGACACGCAUACUGUUAAUACCGGCUUUAAGCAUAUGUGUGCAUGGCUGUACGAAAAACUAAAAGGACUACAAAUAAAGCUGAGCAUAAGUACUGA